AUGCAGCAGCACCUUCUUUCCCGGUACCGCCAUGGCUCCGUCAGCCUCGCAUUCGGAGUCAUCCCACAGGACGUGCUAGACGAGACCUUCAAGACCAAGGUGGUGGGACACACGCAUGGCCUGAUCACGGAGGGCCAGCAGCAUGGAGAUGAGCGCGAGCGCGUGAUGUGGGGCAACAUUCCCCUUGACCCACCUCCCCUGAUCGCCUGCCAGAAGGGCUGCAAAGGUUUCAAGGAUACCUCGCCGAACCAGGACAACUUCUCUGUGACGCACUUCAAGAGUGGCUACACACUGAUCUGCACUUUUGAUGGCCAUGGCCCCUUUGGUCACAUUGUCUCCACGCGAACUGUGCAGACUGUGCCCUGGUUCAUGGUGGUGGAGUCCGGCUUUGACAAAGACACAAUCGACGAGGCGGGCAUCGAGAAGGCAUUGAUCAACGCAUUCGAGAAGGCGCAGAGCGACGUCGUUGCGCACUCGCUUGAGAAUGACUGGGAUGUACAAGCCAGUGGAAGUACUGCGGUAGCAGCUCUGUUCAAGGGCAACAAAGUGUGGACUGCCAAUGCCGGGGACUCGCGUUGCGCCAUCGGAACAGAAGCUGACAAGAAGGUGGUCUUUGAGACGGAAGAUCACAAGCCGCAGACCGAGAAGGAGAAGGCGCGCAUUGAAGCGUCCGGCGGAGAAGUGCGCUCUCAAACCUACCCGGACGGAUGGGUCAACCACCGCAUCUUCAUCAAGGGCAAAGACUAUCCGGGACUGUGUAUGGCACGCACGCUCGGAGACCAGUCGGUGAAGGACUACGGCGUCAUCGCGACCCCGGAGGUGCUCCUCACGACUGUGGAUCUCUCGAAGAAGGCGUUCUUCAUCAUUGCCAGCGACGGUGUGUGGGAGUUCUUGGAUUCGCAGUUUGUCGUGAAGGCCGUGGCCAAGAAGAUUCAAUCGGACGGGCCUGCAAAGACGCUCGAGAAGCUGCAGCGAGAGGCCAAGAAGCGCUGGAAGGCAGAGGAGGGCGACUACUGCGACGACAUCACCUCGGUUCUGGUACAACUUCGCUGA